GCAGCGCAGCGCAGCGCGGGGCGCAGCGGGAGCCAUGGGGAACCGCGUCACCCGUGAGGACUUCGAGUGGGUCUACACGGAGCAACCCCAUACGCAGCGCAGGAAGGAGAUCCUGGCAAAGUAUCCGGAGAUCAAGACUCUGAUGGGACCUGAUCCACAUUUAAAGUGGAUUGUAUCUGGAAUGGUUUUCGUACAGCUUCUGGCAUGCUACCUGGUGAAAGAUUUAUCUUGGAAAUGGAUUUUCUUCUGGGCUUAUGGUUUUGGGGGUUGCAUCAACCAUUCGCUGACCUUAGCCAUCCAUGAUAUUUCACACAACGUCGCCUUUGGGAACAAGCAGGCCAAGUGGAACCGGUGGUUCGCAAUCUUUGCCAACUUGCCGAUUGGCAUCCCUUACUCUGCCUCCUUCAAGAAAUACCACAUUGACCAUCACCGGUACCUGGGAGGGGACAGCUUGGAUGUGGACAUUCCCACGGACUUUGAAGGCUGGUUUUUCUGUACACCCCUUCGGAAACUGCUUUGGCUUAUCCUCCAACCUCUGUUCUACAGUCUGAGGCCACUGUAUGUGAACCCCAAAGCGAUUACACAGAUGGAAAUUUUCAAUGCUCUUGUACAGUUUUCUGUAAACCUUAUCAUUUACAACCUUUGGGGACUCAAACCUGUUGUUUAUUUAAUAGCAGGUACGCUUCUUUGCUUGGGUUUACAUCCCAUUUCUGGGCACUUCAUAGCAGAACACUACAUGUUCUUAAAAGGGUAUGAGACAUACUCUUAUUAUGGACCUCUGAACUGGCUCACCUUUAAUGUAGGAUACCACAUGGAGCAUCAUGACUUCCCCAGCAUUCCUGGAUGCAGAUUGCCCAUGGUGAAGAAGAUUGCAGCGGAGUAUUAUGAUAACCUCCCACAUCACCAGUCCUGGAUUCGAGUUCUGUGGGACUUCGUUUUUGAUGACUCUAUUGGUCCUUACUCAAGGGUUAAGAGACUGUGCAAGCUGGCAAAGGAAAGCUAACGGGCUGGUCCGCCUGUGGCAGUGGGGUGUGUUUUUCCACACUUGACUUCAGUUUUCACAUGACUUCAGUUUUCUGCGGAAAUAGGAGGAUCUCUGUGUGUGGUGAAUUAAUGUUGGUGCAUGCUGCUUAGACCAAGAGGAUGAGUGUGAUAAUUAAGCAAUUGAAUGCACUAUUUUAGACUACUGAUACUUUUUAAUAAAGGAUGUUUGUAUAUGUAACCCUCAGAAACUAGGUUAGAGUGAAUUAUGAUCAGGUGAACCUCUGGUCUAGGCUUUGAAUUAACUUCCUGGGGCACACAUGCCCAAGCCUGAGUUUUGGCCUGGUCUGCAGUGGAGAAUGUUUGCUGUGUGUUACAUGUGACCAUGUGUGUGUAUAGUUGAGGACUAGUUUCUCUCGAUGCCAGAUUAGAAGUGGAUGCUCUGCGUGCACAGGACUGUGGAAGCAGGGAGGACUGGCAUGCAGUAGUAAAUGACACUCUCUGGAGAACACAAGGGUGCCUUUUGCUCAAUGUCUUGUCUAAUCUAAUAAUCUUCUGAUAAUUGCUAGUAACAGAGAUUUUGUAUAUGCAAUGAAAUAUGUUUAUAUUUUUGUAUAUUUGUAUCAUUAUUUUAGUAGCUGCUCUUUGAUCUUUAUUCCAGGGAUUUGUCUAAACCUUUUCUGAAUGCAUUUCCAUGAGGAUCUAAUACUCACUGUAGCAAACUGACAGAUCUGAACUGUGGCAGGGAGAAAUCCUUCCUUUAGUCUUCCACCCGCUGCCCUGAGCAGCAGCAUGGAUGUGCCUCUGGAGGAACUGCCUGGUCCUUUCUCAUUCACCUUUUCAACUGUAUCCAUAACUUCAUGUUUCUCAUGCAUUUCCCCACUGUAAGUCCUUCUGGGAAUGGAGAGUUUCUAGUUUUAAUUGUUCCUUGUCAAGAUUGUUAGCACUCCAGAUCACCCUUCUUGAUCUGCUCUGUAUUAUACCCCUCUCUGUGCAUAGGAUUUAGGAAGGUCUGUCAGUGAAGAUGUAGAGAUGCUAUGGUGGUAUUUGUUCCUAACUGCUUUCGUAACAAUGGUAAUUUUUUUCCUCUGUCAUUCAAGGGGCACUGACUUGGCAUUUGGGAAGCAUAUGAUACUCCAGCUAUAUAAAAUUGUCACUGAUGGUGUUAAGAGGAUGGAAUGCAGAGAUGGGGCGGUUUAUCUCCCUACAUCUCUUACUUGGUGCUAUUGACCUUCAUCUGUCAUUUCUGCCCACUGGAAGACACGAAUCUUCCUGCCUGUCCUCUCCAACAGUAAACUUGUGGCUAUCCUCAAUAAUUCCCUGUCAUCAAAAACCUUAAUCAACAUACAUUUCUCUAAGCAGAACGAUAUCUUGGGAGUCAGGAAUUCAGAUGUUCAGAUGCCAUCUAGUAUCUUCCCAUCACCCUGGAAAGCUGGCAAAGUAUUUCUUUCCUUACUAAGUGGUUAAAAGAGAGAUCUGUAUAGGUGCUCUUGCCUUCUAGCCCCCUAACAGUUGGGUUUUUUUCUUCUGGAAAUCCAUGGCUGUAACAAAGAAAAGGAUUAUUGUGCAGUCUCAUCAGUCUCUCAAAUUAGACCUGGAAAGCCUGAUUUCCUCAAUAAACACAAUUUUGUUCCCUGCUCCAGAAGCACUGUAUCCAGUGAGCCAGUGUCCAUUCACUAGCCUGGCAUACAGCCAAGCUAGCCUGCUGCAAUUUGGGUUCCUCCUCCUCCAUUUCCCCUUCCUUCAUUUUUCUCACCCAUCUGAUUUUGGCAAAUGGGUAAAUAAAUAUCCUGAUAUGCUCAGCAGAGCAAGAUCCUUUGUAAUACAGGGCUGAAUACCAGUUUAUUCACAGAUAUGGUUUUGUGCUUUUGGAUAAGAAGAACUGGGCUUCCUCAGUGAAGAACAUAGUUGUCAUUAUGUCUUAAUUAUUAAAGCUGCUUUUCUCCCAAAGGAAGAGGUGUUUAUGUGGGAACUUCCAUUACCUUAUUUGUAUCAGUGCUUAUGUCAGGGAACCUUAGUUUUUUAUUAAUUUACUUCAGUGCUGCUGGCACUCUGAUCAGGUAUUCAACUUUCCCAUGUCCUUAGCAGCCGUUCCUCAACUCUCUUGUCCAACGUAGCAAGUUAAUAUAAAAACCACAAUAAAGAUUAUGCUAUC